UUUGUGCUGUGGUGCAGUUUAUGUCGUCAUUUCGUGGCGGUAUUCGGUAAGCUAUUUCAACGGUCAAACAUAAUAGAAAUCAUCAGAAUGCAUAAAACAGGUAGUGGUGUUUGGUGCUUGAAACAAUAUGUGAAACAUGCCUCAAGUGCAGCUGCGAAAUCAUCACUAACGGCACCGCAGAAUCACUGCCUUAAACUUGUUAGACAAUAUGACAAAGAGAACUUUCUCUGUACUUUGCUGUUAAAAAAUCCACAACGGCGCAGUGCCCUCGCAAUUCGGGCCUUCAAUGUCGAAAUUGCACGUAUCACCGGCUCCGUUUCCGAUGAUCGGAUCGGACAAAUGCGACUGAAAUUUUGGGAAGAUGCUGUCAAUAAACUAUACAAGGAGGAUCUGAAACAUGUUCCUGAUCAGCCAGUAAUACAGGAACUCAAAAAAGCGAUCGACAAUCAUAAACUCACCAAACGAUACUUUCAACGAAUUGUCAGCUCUCGACUGAAUACCAAUCUUCGGUUUGUGACAACCAAACAACUGGAGGAAUACGUUGAGGAUUCCGUUUCCACUGUUCUGUAUCUGAUUCUGGAAUCUCAUGGAGUAAGAAACGUUCACGCCGAUCACGUAGCGUCACAUCUGGGUAAAGCCCAGGGAAUAGUAAAUUUACUGCGAUCGAUUCCAUGCCAAGAACGGCGAAAUGUUGUACCGAUUCCGCAGGAAAUCUUAAUGCAACAUGGUGUCAGUCAGGAACGUGUGCUGAGAAAUAAAAAGGACGACAAAGGAGUGGAAGAGGUAAUUUUUCAAAUGGCUGGUGUUGCCCAUCGACACUUUGAACACGCACGAAAUCUUAUGGAUUCAGUUCCGAAGCAGGUGAGGCCUGUGUUUUUGCCUGGCGUUGCCACAGGUCGAUUCUUGGAACGACUAAGACAAACCAAUUUUCAUCUGACCGAUCCCAGACUGCUACAGAGUGAUUCCAUGCUGCCCCUGUUAUUUUACUGGGGCUAUUUCCGAGGGAAAUUUUAGCAAAAAUAAAUAAACAUUGUUAAUCUAGUCAAAAACCAGGUGAAGAUAAUAAUUGUAAAGAAAGAAAAUUCUUAUUUCACAAUAUUGAUUAUAGAUCGUAGUAACAG